AACUGGAUUCCAUAGCCUCGACUCUCGAGAACCGCGUUCUUUUUCCUUUGACAAUAUGCUGCCAAUCAUUCCAUAAAUUUCUUUCCACGUUCGUAGAACCACUCGAACAGCAAUGGCUUUUUAUUCCCUCUCCCAACCCUUCUUCUUAUUGCUGCUUCUUCCAACAUUUGUUGUUUCUCAGACAUCUAAUAUCACUUUGGGAUCAUACCUUGUGGCUUCUAAAGAGUCACCUUCAUGGAAAUCUCCUUCUGGUGAUUUUGCCUUCGGAUUUUACCAGCUUCAGAAUCAAGACCAUUUCCUGCUGGCCAUUUGGUUCGACAGAAUUCCCAAUAGAACGACUGUUUGGUAUGCAAACGGAGAUAAUCCGGCAUCACAGGGAUCAAAGGUUGAGCUUACUAGAGAUGGCAAACUCACAUUAACUUCCCCAAAUGGUCUAAUCCUUUGGAACGCCACAUCCACAGUUGAUACUGAUGGCACUGCUUCUUCCGUUGAGGGGGCUGCUUAUGCUGCUUUGCUAGACACCGGUAACUUUGUUCUUGUUCGUAAAGAUUUUACUUACGCAUGGGAGAGUUUCAACAAUCCUGCAGACACCCUUUUGCCAACUCAAGAACUGAAGCUUGGUGGAAUUUUGUCUUCUAAACAGACGCCAAGCAAUUACUCGAGGGGAAGGUUCCAGCUCCACUUGCUACCAAAGGGUAACCUUGUGCUUGACACCAUUUCCUUGCCCAAAGCAAAUGAAAAUGCUGCCUAUUACAUCAGCAACACUUCUGAUAUUGCUAAUAGCGCAAAUUCUGGUCAAAGGUUAGUUUUCAACGAAUCAGGCCACAUCUACAUUGUCCUAAGGAAUGAGAAGAUUGUUAACCUGAGUGACCAAGUGCCUUCACAGGAUUAUUAUUACAGAGCAACACUUGAUUUUGAUGGAAUUUUGACAGAAUAUGCCUAUCCCAAACCUCAAAGAGCUGGGAAUGCUGAUCAGUCCUGGUCCCCUGUCUGGUCCACUCCUUCUGACAUUUGUCAGGCAAUGAAUGGUGAUGAGGGACUUGGUUCGUGUGGCUAUAACAGCUACUGUACAAUUGGCAAUAACGGACGGCCAAGUUGUCAAUGCCUCCCUGGCUUCAAUUUCUCUGAUCCAGACAACAAGUUCAAUGGAUGCAUUCAGGACAGGAUACAAGAUUGCAAUCCGGGUCCUUCAAAAGCAGAGGAUUUGUAUGAUAUGCAUCAGUUACCAAACACUUACUGGCCAAAGUCUGCAAAUUUUGAACGGACGCAAUCAAAUGAAGAUGAAUGCAAUCAAUCUUGUCUCUAUGAUUGUGAAUGUGUGGUUGCUGUACUCAAAGAAGGAUUCUGUUAUAAGAAGAAGCUGCCGCUAACAAAUGGCAUAGUGGACAGGAGCGUCAAUGGCAAAGCAUUCAUAAAGGUAGCAAGAUCUAAUGCUUCUAAUUUUCUGAAUCCUAAAGGAUCUAGAGUGCUUCAACUGCAGAAGAAAGAUCAAUCAACUCCAAUUCUGGUGAGAUCAUUUCUUUUAGGUGGCUCAGCAUUUAUCAAUUUCCUGCUCAUAAUUGCAAUCUCUAUACUAGCUAUCUGGUCUUGCAACAAGAAACAGAAACCGAGUCAAAUGUCAAGCCUCUUGGAAAGUAAUCUACAGUCUUUUACUUACCAAGAUCUUGAGGAAGCUACAGACGGGUUCAAGGAAGAACUCGGGAGAGGUUCUUUUGGAAUUGUGUAUAAAGGUGUUUUGCACCCUCCUCAUUCAACAAUUUGCAUCGCUGUGAAAAAAUUAGACAAGAUAACGCAAGAAGGUGAGAAGGAAUUCAAAACAGAGGUGAAUGCAAUUGCCAAAACUCUUCACAAGAAUUUGGUCAGAUUGAUGGGAUUCUGUGAGGAAGGGCCGCACAAGCUUUUGGUAUAUGAGUUCAUGAGCAAUGGAACACUAGCUAGUCUCUUGUAUGGAGAUUGUAGACCUACAUGGAAGAGUCGCACUCAAAUGGCAUUUGAGAUUGCAAGAGGGCUAGUGUAUUUGCAUGAGGAGUGCAGCAUACCCAUUAUCCACUGCGACAUUAAGCCUCAAAACAUACUCUUGGAUGACUCAUUCAUUCCAAGAAUCUCAGACUUUGGAUUGGCAAAGCUUCUUAUGAGCAACCAAACUCGCACCACAACAGCAAUCAGAGGUACAAAGGGAUAUGUUGCUGCAGAAUGGUUCCGCAACAUGCCAAUUACAACAAAGGUUGAUGUUUAUAGUUAUGGGGUGAUGCUACUGGAGAUCAUUUGUUGCAGGAAAAACUAUGAAGAAGAACGAGAAAAUGAGGAGGAAGCGAUACUAACAGAUUGGGUCUAUGACUGCUAUAAAGAGAGAAGAUUGGAUAAAGUAGUGGAGAAUGAUGAGGAGGCGAUAAAUGACAUGACAAAGGUGGAAAGGCUAGUGAUGGUGGCAAUUUGGUGCAUACAAGAAGAUCCCUCUUUAAGACCUUCCAUGAGAAAGGUCACUCAUAUGCUUGAAGGAGUUGUCCAAGUUCCUAUGCCCCCAUGUCCUACCCCUUUUACUUCUUUAUGCUAAAGCUGUAUGCCCUUUUGCCCCAAUGUCCACGUCAUGCAUAUCAAUAUAUCAUCUUGUGCUUCUACAAAAAUGAAAGAGGUAUGAA